GUCUUCGUUGUACGCUCUCUCUUGCUAUAACAUACUGUGCCGUUUAUAGACCUGUAUUAACCCCGGGUUUUUGAUAUGUUGUUCCCGAUCGAAAGUAAUCUAGUUUGUGAUGGCACUUGAUUAGAAGUUGACAGCCUAAUUAUCUAGUCUAAUUGGCUUAUUAAUGUCUCUCAUUUUAGGAAGCUGCUCACCUGAUAACCCAUUACUUGUGUAGCGGCCCCUACUUGCCAUGUAUUGCUCAGGAAUGUACACAAAUUAUCAGCUCGCUGCCAACAUUCGCCUUGAUAUUGUUGUUUCAUGUUACCGGAUAGUGCCAACAAUUUGUAAUCAUGAAAAGUGCUCUUCUAGAUCGUUCCACUGCUCGCCCUGAAAGCUCCACUCCAAAUGAUAAAACCUUUGUUCUAGACUGAAGACUGAGUGCUAAUUAUGGUAUCUGCUGCGUUAAAAUAACAGUAUUAUAUUGUGCGCACAUUAUGAUAACAAAAGGAAGCCAUUAUGUGAAGACGUACACGUAUCAGCUCUUGUUUGUCCAAUUCCCUUCCUUAUAAGCUUACAGCAUUAUUAUAAUCUUCUCUGUUGUCAUAUCUGCUUUAUUCCUCAAUAUUUGUGCCAGGUUAUCAACUGCUUGCUACUUCAAACUUCUUAGUUCGUUCACUGCAAGUCAGAAUCCCUUCAAAGUUCGAUAUGUCUUCAGCAAACUGGAUAUUAUACUUGUUAAUCUGUGAAUUUGUUAUCAAUUACCCGGUCUUACUCUGAAAUGUCCCAAUAUGGUCACGUACUUGAUCCUUACGUGUAGCCCCACGACCUAUGAUUCGAGACGUCAGUGACUGCAACACACUUGAACAAUCUGCCUCACGUGCAGGCUUUGUGAACAAAAGCCCACUAUUUGCAUUGCAAUAGCGUAAUGACAGUGAAUUUGAAGAAAUGUCAUGAAAUUUACUGCUGAAGCAAUUAUUUAAGAGGCUGUAACCAUGGUGACAAUUUCGACUGACACAUAUGGCUGGCUUCAUCACAUCUUACACACUACUUAUUAUUGAGGGAUCUUGAAUCAGUGUUAGAACUGGUCCGUCAUAUGUCUACUGUACACAGCUUUAUAAAGUCAAUUUGAUACCUCUGUCCUGAAACCUGUUGACAGCUAAAUAGCUGCUUAGAACCCAUCGUUAGUUGUUUAGUAACCUAUCUUUAGUUCAAGUGUGGUAUCUUUUGUUGCUUAGUAACCUAUAUUCGGUCGCUUGGUAAUAUAAAUUAGGUUCCUUAGCAACCCACCUUUUGUUAACCUAAUAACCUAUCUUCAGUUACUUAUAAGAAUGUCUCAUGUUGCUUAGUAAACUAUAUUUGCCUUUAUUUGGUUGAUUAUUAAUUAACCCCAUCUCUCACUUCAGCAGAUCAUGUGAAGCAAUUAACCCUGGAGAAGUCAUAUGAAAGACAACAUGAGCGAGGAUUCGGAUAAAAAAGAGGACCCAACAUCCACUGAAUUAACUGAGAAAAUCACAGAUUUGUCUACUGAUAACGAUGAAGAAGACAGUUUAGUUAUACACGAUGAUAUGGAUGACGAUAUGGAGGCGGACACGAUCGAAAUAGAAGACGAGUCCGCACAACCCACCGACUCUCACCCUACAGUCCCUGAUCUUUCUCCGAAACAACCAGCUGAGACUACUCCGAGCACUCCAACUGAUAUACAAGAAGAUUCUGGCACACCGCCAGCUACUUCCAGCUUACAAACAAAUAAUUCUAGCAGUUUACCUGCGUCUGAGAGCUCAAUUCUUGCUGCUACAGAGUCAGUGAUGGAGAAACUAGCUGCAACUGAUGAACAAGAUAUAAAACAAGAGGAGCUGGAAUGUUCAGUCGACGAUACGGUAAUUGAGGUUGGAGCAGAGGCUUUCUCUCGGACCGCCACAGUGUCAGAUAUCGAGACCGAACCAGUGUCCGAAGGGGAGAUGGAUACGGAGGAGACAGAGAAGACAGAAAAGACACAGCAAGUUUGUGAAAAUAAGGAUUCGGAAGAGAUCAGUAUGGAUGAAGGAGAGGCAACACAAGAAGAUAAUACUGAAGUGCCUGUUCUAGAGACAAGCACAAAUGUGGAGCUACUGGAGGAGGACAGCUCCAAACCAAUAGAAAACGAAGAAGUGAAAGAUGUGGAGCUGGUGUCCGAGGCAGAGGAAGAGGAAGAGGAAGAGGAAGAGGAAGAAGAAGAGGAAGAAGAAGAGGAAGAGGAAGAAGAAGAGGAAGAGUUGUUGUUAUCAGAACCAGAUCGAGCAGACGACCUGGUUACCGAAGCUAUCACCCCUCCAGCCACAACCCCGCCUCCCUCUCGGUCCCUCCUUUCUGUGGACGAGGACCAGGAUACUGGUAACGAUAUACUGGAUAUCUCUGAUCCAGAUGAAGGAGAUAUGUUGAUAGAAGAUUCACUGGCAAGACGCACCGUGAAACCAAUGGAGGUGGUAUCGGUGGUAUCCACCCCAUUGUCUCCGGUACGGGAUCUAACUCCCGUCUCACCUGCCUGUAAGUCCCCAGCCCUGGUUGCUAUACCUUCCUCUUGUAGCGAGAACCUCCUCUCGGAUAACCAGGUGGCCACUGAGGAAGGUACCACAGAGAGUCAGGAGGUCACUCCCCUCUCCCCGGAACUCAUCACUCAAUCUGACCCUGAUUCCUCAGAGCAAGUUGACCCCACUCCUAGCAUAGAGACCGCAGCUCCUGCAGCCGUCACAAGUCAAGACAGUAUUAUGGUCACUUCCACAUCUGGAGACAGUGAGGCAGUGAUUACAUCAGACUCUCUACCUACUGAGUCAAUAUCCCCUCCUAGUGGAUCUCCUGCUCUACCUGUCCCCUCCUCUGCCUGCCAACCUGUCUCUUCUACCACCGUCUCAUCAGACGAACCAUCAACUUCACAACCUUCUAACCCGCUACCUGAAAGUGUAUCUAAUGAUGGACCCCCAAUAGUUAAAUCUGUGAAUUUCCCUCCAUCUGCCCCUCAGCUGGAAGUGCCCACCUCUCUAGUUCUGGAGAUAUCAGCUCCCUCUACCCCUGAUAACGCAGUAACCUCCACUUCUGUGGAACAGACAACAGCUCUCUCAACCUCCUCAACCUCCAGAGCUUCAUCUCAAGAACCAGGUCCUUCUAAGAAACGCAAGAUCCCACCUACUGAGAAACCUUUUGAGCCCGGUAUAAUCUGGAUAAAACCGGAGCCGGUGGAUCCGGACGAGCCGCAAAUUAUCCCAGCUCCGGUUCCUGAGCAGCAGCCUGGUCCUAGUAGCGGGGUUUCCAAUGCUUCAAGGAAGAGAAGACUGGUGGAGAAACAGGUGUCUGGACUUCCUAGCGCUCCACCUAAUGUCCACGUUACUGCUACUCAAUCUCUAGCAGGAGAGGAUGUGCAGGGUCAGCUGCAGAAGAUCCUGCAAAGCUCCAGCUCUGGUUCCCUCCUCUGCUCUCUUCUAGCUCAGCUUCCUCAAGAGCUCACCAGCUCUCUUCUCUCUAAAGUCCUCCACCAGCAGCAGCUACAAAACCAGGGUCAGGCUAGUAGUCCGAACUCCGGUGCCCCAGUAUUAGUUGGUAACUUCAACACCCCUCUCUCCUCGAAUCCACUACCUGUUGCACAGGGUGUUGCUGUCUACGACCAGCCUCAGUCUCGGAAUAAUCCUCCCAGAGCCCCAUUCUCCCCUGGCUAUCAGGGUGGGGAUAUGAACCGGUUGUCACCGGGGAAACUGGCCCAGAAAUACCCUCCUCUCCCUCAGUUGCCUAGGCAACACCGUCAGGGAUCUAGAACUCAGAGUUCAAGUUCGAGUCAACAGUUCCCAACAGCAAACCUGCAGAAAACACAGCAGCUGCUGAACGAGUCGACCUACCUACAGAGUCAACUCCAGAACUCACAGUUAACUACCAUGCAACCCUCCUCGCAGAUCAAUCAGGGUCCCCCGCAGUCGACUAGUAAUGCAAACUUCCAGCAAGGACCGAGUGUACGGCCGGUGCAAAACAGAGCAUUUUUAACAUCAAACCAGAGCGGCAUGCCGCUCGUGCAGAAUACACAGCAGAACAUUGCACCGCACGUGCAAAGCGGGCAGCAAAAUAUUGCCCCAAUGGUGCAGAAUGUGCAGCAGAACAGUGUUCCGCUGGUCCAGCCACUAGGACACGUGCAGGCUGCGCACAGUGGAGUGCAGAACAAUCAACAGGGUAAUCUCCUUCAUCAGCAGAAUAAAAAUGUUUUGAUGGGGAACUCUAAUCAGAUACAAGCUCUAAACUCUAAUCAAUACAAGUCCAAUAACCAGGGUCUGCAGCCGAUGGUGAUCCCUCUGUCAGAUAUUCAAACACUUGUUGGUAUUGAUGAUCAGAAUAAACAAACAGUUAUAUUGUCCGAUGAGUUGAAUACUUUGAGAAGAGCAACUAACGCUACUAUAAUUCGAGCUGGCCAGCAGGGAAACUCUAUGAUGGGCAAACAACAACAGCAACAACAGCAACAACAACAACAACAGCAACUACAACAGCAAAUACAACAGCAACCGCAGCAACUGAAUCAGAUGGGGCAACAGAUGGUAAUGGGCCAGCAGGCGAAUCUUGGGAAUAUGGGACAACAAGGUCACCUGGUCCCUCAACAACAGUCUACACUACAACAGUCCCAGUCAGGUAUAACGGUGAACUACGCCCAGCCUGACUCUAGUAGUCACCAACCGAAACUGCUUCCGAAGACACCUCUAAUCAGGCAGACUACACCUAACAGGCGAGCUGGCAAGGAGAAACAACCUUCCAGCGAGAUCAUCUGUAUUGACAGCGAUGAAGAAGAUGGAAGUGGUAAGGGUGAGACCGCUGCGCGAUGUCGGGUCUACGUGCGGGAUGAACAGAAGAUAGCUGUCAUAUUCGAGAUGAUGAAGAGGAAAUGCAUCAAAACAGACUCAGCAGACCGAUCACCUACUGCUCCCAACAUUGUUAACAUUCCUCAAGAUAGUUUACCGGAGCUGCAGCCUAUAGUUAACGUAUCAGGAAACUUACAAGGAUACCUUGUACACGGUCAGACACCCUUCCUACUGACUCCUGUUUCUGGCAGCAACCAUCUCUUUACUGUCCACCAGAAUGGGAAGGAGACUCCAGCCCUACAGGACCACACUUUCCCUGCAGGCACAAUAUUGAACCUGAAAGCGAUGCUGGAGAAAGACCCUCCAGCGCUUCCUCCUCUACCGGCCAGCUCAAUCCCUCUCUCCCUGACCGCCACUCCUCUCCCUACUGCUGCAAACCCUAUCAACAUCUCAACCAGCACCGUCAUCAACUACCAACCUGUAUUCCUAAAUCAGCAGCAAGGGGCCGGAUCUCAGUUACUGUACACCUCCAGUCAGCAACCCCUGAAUAGGGAACAUUCUUCUGAUCAAACUAGGGAGCCCGGAGUGCAGUACGUGGUGGUAGAGAAGCAGCAGAACAACAACAGCACCCUGCAAGUUUCUACAGCUAGCAUGAACACUGGCAGACUUCCCCACGUGGACAACAAAAAUCAGCAGCCCGUCAAUAAUAACCAAGCCACUAUUAAACCUACAAUAGGUUCAGUGUCACGUGAUGGGUUGGUGUUCCACAACAUCACCUUCUCCACCGCAGAGAACGGCACCACAACCCGGGUUAACCCCAUCAACCCCGCUCUCCCCUCCGCCAUCAACGCAGCCUCUGUCUUCAGUAACCAGGUUGAAGCACGUGCUGCGCGCGUCAUGGUCGGCUCCUCCACCAAGAGGUACAUGCCAAUAGCUCCAGCCCCUGGUGGCAACACUCAGGUGAACACACAGCGUCCCCUUCUCCUUCCUAACCAGACUCCUGCCGCUACAUUCGGGGCUCCCAACCAGCAGUUCAUCCAGCCUGCUCAUCUGCAACCUGCACAGCAACCACACUUGCAACCCGCACUCCUGCAACCUGCACAACCCGCCCACUUGCAACCGGCUCAACCUCCUCAUCUCCAGCCGGUUCAACCACAAUCCGGACAAUUCUCGACUGGUCCGUCCGGAAUCAUGUCACCAGGACAAGGACAGUCUGGACAAACCAUCAUAGCCCAGACCUUGCCGGGUAAUUAUCAGUCCUUCCCUCACGAACAGACCAUUCAGCAGACCCAGCCUUUCCAGAAUAUUCAGCCUCAGAGCUUACAAUCUCAACGUGUUUACAACGUCCUCAACCUUCAGCCCAUCUCUCAGCCCCAGUUGGAUCAUCAGAAUCAGAUGCCAGUACAGCAGCAGCUACUCAAUCAACAGCAGGUGUCUAAUCAGCACUCCCAGCAACAACAACAACCCUCUCAUCCUACCGGCACUCCCAGCUCCGCUUCUAAGACUCCAGGCGACAGAGAAGCAAAGCUGAAGAUGGUAAUGAACUCCCUUUCUCAAGUCCUCUCCCUCCCCAUUCAGCAGCAGAAGGAAGUCUUCAAGAACAACCCCAUUCUCCGCCAACUACUGAUGAAGAGAAACGCUGACCAGGAACAGAGGAAGGACCCACCUCCCCCGUACCAAGACAACAGAACACUACCCAAGAAGAGUACAGGUCCUCCUGGUCCUCCUCGGGUACAGACUCUACAGAGUGUCCAGGUAGCGGCUCUCAGAGGGCAGGCCUCUCAGCAGCGCACUAUUCUACCCAAACCCAACGAACAGUCCGCUCAGAAAGCUCAUCUGAAAGAGAUGCUGCUACAAAAGACUACUAGUGGUGAGCACAAGAUGGAGCGAGACGCGCACGAGAGAUGGUUACAGCUAUCUCAGGAGCAACAGAGUGUUAUUCUCGCUGCUGCCAAAGAAAAAGUAUCUAAACUAAAAAAGAACGAGCUCCAACUCUUACUGAACGCGGCUUAUCAGCACAUGCACAAGGUGCCCCCCGACAUGCGUAAAGCACUGUUGAUUGCAGCACAGGAGCGUAUGGAUAAGUUGAGCGGCAAGACCACUGAACAGAUUGGUGAUCCCAAUCCAGCACGGGGGACUUCUGCUCCGGCUCCAGUUCCAAGUAGAGCAGCCCCUUCCAAGAGCAAGGAUGAUGAUGAUCUGGUUAUCCUUCAAGAGGUGCCGUGCAGAGAAUCCCGCACAAAGGUAACAAUCAGGGACGAGACUGGGGAAGUGGUGACAUUGUUGGGGCGCCCUGCGGAGUCCCUUCCUCGACUCACUAGUCGCUACUCCCAGACCUGGCGCACGCACUUCUCAGGGUGUGCACGAACGCGCGCUAUCGUCAAGACAACAGGACUCCCCACCACUCUGCUGCCGGAUCUAUCAGAGUGGAGAGAUGGAGUGGACGAGGCAGCUAGUGUUACCAGUUCCUGCGCUAGGGUGAGACCUUAUCAUCGUGCUGUCGGAACUAAGAGCCGGAUUAAGAGAACUGGUGGAGUGUACGGACAGGACAAACGUUUCCCUGUCAGACAGGAAGUUUCUAAAAUAGUGACCAGACUCAGGAAGUUCCAUUGUGAACGGAGUCGGGGCAGCAAGGCUAGCGAGCUCACCAACGUGUUCUCUCUCACGGACGAGGGACUGGACGAUGUCGCGGAGUGUAUUGCACGUGCGUAUGUGAAGGAGAAGAAACGCACGGUGCCCUUAGAACGCCGACGGGGCCGGCCUACCACCCGACACAUUCCUGUCACUAAACCACUCGGCCCCCAGAUGCCGAAGAUAACAGUUUGUAGGAGCAGUGGGGAGACGCCCCUACACAAGUCUGCACAGCAGGGCUGGUUGGAGAAUGUGCUGCAGUGUCUUCAAGCUGGAGAGGAUAUCAACGUACGUGAUAAUGCAGGCUGGACCCCUCUCCACGAAGCUACUGCUAAGAAUAGGGUGGAAGUUGUGACCUUGUUAUUGGAACACAACGCAGAUGUAAACGUGGCAAGCAGCACUACAGGAGUAAGACCAAUACACGACGCUGUGUUACACGACCUCGUGGAAAUAGCAGAGUUGUUGCUAGCUGCUGGGGCGGACCCUAAAUUACCCACUUUCAGCGGGAAACUGCCGUCUGACUUCUGUAGGAGCACAGCUAUGUCUGAGCUACUAGAUAAUUAUAUCGCUAAGUUGGGUAAUCCUGGAGGAGCACCUCCCGGUUGGGGCACGGAGUGUCUGAUCGAACUCAGUGAGCUUCCUCACAUGCCAGUCUACAAGCUUGGGCUCGAGGGGACUGAAGAGAAGAACUACUACCUGCUGACUGAUCUAAUAGCUCGGCUGAAUAUUUCUCGCAGUACCUUCAGCAUGAACUAUCCCGCUUUUAAAACCUACAAAAUGAAGUGGAGAGACUUCGCUAAACUCCUCGGCAAGUCGCCGUUUUUUGUACAUCCUGAUCGACUACCAAGUCAAGUGUGUGAAUUUAUUGAGCUGAACGAUGACGCUAACAGGAUACUCAAUAUCAGAUCAGAGAUAUUCGAACCUUGAAACCUCUCCAAUUACUUCCUCUUCUCACGAACUUGUUAUCACUCCUUAUCACGCCUUCAAUCACACACCGAGCUGAUGUAGUGCUUCAGUUAGAGUGUCAAUAUCAUAUUAAAAUUUAAUGUGGUGUCAGGUGUGACCACAUGUAUUGACGCCUCUCGCGUGUGAUGUGCCGCGCACAGACACGUGGGCGUUUGAUGUGCUGCUCAUUGAUUAAGUGAUGACGUGCAAUUCUCAGAAUGUUUGGCCCAACACAGUUGGAGAUAUUCAUUUUAUAAACGUGACCCUGACCCUGUGCUACUGGACAGAUUUCACCUUGGAAUGUAUCAUUUUAUUUUCAUAUGAAGAUUGAACUGGUAUGUAACUGUAAAUACUUUUGUUAAGUUAGAAUUAGAUUUUUUGAUUAUGCUCACGUGAGGACUUAACUAGUAAUCAUUAUUAAGAGUUAUAUUUAGCUAUUUUUCGAGAAAUGAUUAACUAGCAUUCGCUAAUUUGACAAAAGUUAUUUCCUCUCAAACUUACGUUAUAUUUUAGACAUUACCUACGUUGUUAUGCAAUGGAUUUUAAAUUAUUUUCUUUCUUAGUUUGCUACAUUCACAGUCAGCAACAUAAAGCAGUACAUUUGCUACUAAAUGAUGGACCGUUAGAGUGUAAAGAUUAAUGAUGCAAGGCUCGAUCUGAAGGCGUGCCACCUCCCCAGCCAUGUCUAUCAACUCUGAGUUCGUGCGGCUAAAGGUUAUUUUCAUCUUGUGCUGAUAAUUAUAGUAAGUGUGGACGGAUAUUUGUAACUGCUGAUGCUGAUCACACUCGUCUCUGAACAAGCGGUUCGAGGAGCUGUAAAUCACCUGAAAUGCCACUAUAAAUCCCUGAAAUGCCACUACAAAGAUAGUUUACUCAUUACACUAUUCAAUACACAGCUGAGCUGAUCCUCACUCUUACCUUCUUGAAUAUUCAGAUAAACCAGGCUCCUCCUUCUGUUCAGCAACUUUGUCAUUACGGCUCCAACCUCUCCCAGAUAAAUCCACCCUGUAUUUAUUCUAUUGUGUGUUGUGGUAAGAGCGCGAGGCUAAUUCUCUGAGACCUGGCACUUGCAAGCAUAUUGCUUUGGGACUGUCUAGUGGAGAUGAUUGGUUGAGCUGCUCUCCAAUGAGGGGUUAUGGACAAUGGAACCUAAAAAUCUCUGGCAGUACCAUAUUAACUAGAGGUUGGUAUGUACUAUCGUGCUUUUUUUCUAUUAUAAUAAUAGCUCUAAGUCAUAAGUGUCAUUUUGGUUUGAACACGAUUUGUCGUGGUGAAUUUUAACAUAGCUUUAUUUUUAAAUAGUUAUCGUCAUUUUUAUAAUUGAUUUAAUCGUCAUUAUUUGUAAAAAAAUAUAUACCUGCAAUUUGCCUGCUAUUAUCUUCAAAUUAAGCAUAUAUUGUUUGUUAAAUAUUCAACUUUGCUUGACACAA